CAUGGCGGUCACCACGGAGGGCGCCCGCAAGAAGGAGCGCGUCCUUUGCCUGUUUGACGUGGACGGAACGCUCACGCCGGCUCGUCAGAAAAUCGACCCGGAGGUGGCCACCUUCCUGCAGAAGCUGCGUAGCCGAGUGCAGAUCGGUGUGGUGGGCGGCUCUGACUACUCCAAGAUCGCUGAGCAGCUGGGUGAAGGGGAUGAAGUCAUCGAGAAGUUUGACUACGUGUUUGCUGAGAACGGGACGGUGCAGUAUAAGCAUGGACAGCUGCUCUCCAAGCAGACUAUCCAGAACCACCUGGGGGAGGAGCUGCUGCAGGACUUAAUCAACUUCUGCCUCAGCUACAUGGCCCUGCUCAGGCUGCCCAAGAAACGGGGAACCUUCAUCGAGUUCCGGAAUGGCAUGCUGAACGUCUCCCCCAUCGGCCGGAGCUGCACCCUGGAGGAGCGAAUCGAGUUCUCAGAGCUGGACAAGAAGGAGAAGAUCCGGGGGAAGUUUGUGGAAGCCCUGAAAACCGAGUUUGCUGGCAAAGGCCUACGGUUCACUCAAGGCGGCAUGAUCAGCUUUGACGUCUUCCCCGAGGGCUGGGACAAGCGUUUCUGCCUGGACACCCUGGACCAGGACAGCUUCGACACCAUCCACUUCUUUGGGAACGAGACCAGUCCUGGUGGGAACGACUUUGAGAUCUACGCCGACCCCCGGACCGUCGGACACAGCGUGGUCUCUCGGAAGGACACCGUGCGGUGGUGCCGGGAGAUCUUCUUUCCAGAGACAGCCCACGAGGUGUAGCCAGGGUGCACCAGGCCCCAUGAUCCAGAGCGAGAGAGCCUGGCCAGGUGUGGGCUGACAGGACCUCUCCUCCUCUGGCCAAGCCCCCUGCACCACAUGCUCCUGUUUCAAGGUCCCCCAGACAAGGACAGGCCAGGGUCUGGGUGGAGAGCCACCCUAGCCGGUCAGCUCCUGGUGGGCCCGGCUCCCACCCUCCCAGGGUCUAGCCUUACUCAGGAAGGAAUGUCCCCAUCCUCAACCCCCUGCCCCAGGCCCCAGCUGUGCUUGUCCAGACAGACGGUUUUCUGUCAGUGCCAGCAGGAGGUGUGUGAUGGGGUGCCAGUGACAGCUAGCCCAUCCCAUGCGGUGUGCUGCGGGCGGCAUGUUUUAGAGAACUUUAUUGU